AUGGCUGCUCAUAGUGGAGGAGUAGAUUGGGCUGCAAUUAUAAAACCUUUUAUUUUAUCGAACAAUUAUGGGAAUUUAAAUAAAACAGAUAUAAUAAACAUUAUUAAGGCAAUUUUAAAAGGGGAAAAUGAGUUUUUGGAUCAUGAUUCCACUUUUGGUCAAUUUUUCAUGGCUUUUUCAGCGCUUGCAGCUGAUGCAAUUAGUGGCCAAUGCAAUUUAGUUUGCCAACAGCAAGUACCGCAAAUGAUUGAAGCAAGUACUAUAUUGAUUAAAUAUAUAUUAAAUCGAAUAAGCAAAUCAUCAGUAAAUGAUAUUCUAUUACUGUUACCACCGCUUAAAGGUCUUUGUGACGGAAAACAACAAACUACAAGCUUUGAUAAUGCAAUUGUAAGCUCGUUACUAAAAAGUUCCAAGUUUCCGGAACAUUCUAAAAAUAACGUUACUAGCGGUGAUAAAGAUAGCCCAAAAUCGGAAAUGAAAAGAUCGCGUUCUGAUUUAUCAACUGUAAUAUUGCAACAAUUAACAACGCCUUUAGGAGCUAAUACCGUAAAUUGUUGGGCACCAUUAAGUGAAGAAUUAACUGAUUGCACACAAAUGUUUACAGUAGCAAACAUAGCCUGCUUAGAAUCAUUAAAUGCGGGAGAUAUAAUAUUAGAAGUUUGCUCUUCAUUACCAAUUUUGUCCAAAUAUAAACUUAAAUAUGAGGAUUGUGCCUUGCAUGGAAAGCCUCUUUAUUUGCCAUUAACAGCAUCAGAAGCAACUCAACUAAAGAAUCUGUUUCCACAAAUGUCUACUGAUAUCAAAAUACUGUCUCAAGCUUUGUCAUUACCAAUUUUAGAGCCAUUAACUCCAAAGAAAAUCUUGCAGUUGUCUCAAUGUGCAAUGUCGGCUUUGUAUUGUGGAGUAUUAGUUUCCAUUUCUGGUAGUGUGUUGUCCAUGUCAACGGGAUAUUCUUCACAAAAAAAUCAACAAAGUUCGGCGAGUGCUAUUCAACCACAAAAAGAUAAUGAUGAGCUAGAUGAUCAUGCUCGGGUUAUAGUAGAUAAAGCCUUGGAAAUUUUUACAACUAUUGGAGAUUUAUUUAGAAAUUCAGCGCGGAGUCACAUAUAUCAAAAUCAUUUAUGCUUCGGAGCAUGGUUGCUUGUCACAGGAAUACAAGGAGCUAUGGGAGCUUCUGGAAGUUCAAGUUCAAAACAGUCACAUGAUGAAAAAGGCAAAAGCCCCGCUAGAGUUAGUGGAUUUGGUUCAUUGGAGCAACAAAUUCCAUCUGCUCGUGUGAAUUUGUUCAAAGUCCAGCAAGGAUUUGGCGUGCUAAAUGCAGCAAUUGCAAAUCAUAGUUUAAUUCUGUUAACAGAGUUAAUAGAAGAUUUGAAAAUAGAAAGUCGAUCUGGUGAAGAAAACAAUCCAAAUCAAUCUAAUAUUAAUGCUAGUGAACCUGCAGGUUUUGAGAUCUUAGAGCAAUAUACUUCUUUGCAAAGAGUUGUGAGAGUACUGAAUUCCACAACUUUACAACAACUGUUAACAUUUUUAGCUACAGUAUCUUAUCGAAAAGCAUGUAAUUUGAAGCGAUCGAACUUAAAAGACCGGACGGAGUGUGACCCAAUAAGUUAUUCAGAUUCUACAACAUAUUUCAAUGACACGCUUUCUUGUUCAGAUGAUUCAGAAACAGAAGAGGAAGAUAGUGAAAGUUACUUGGGUUUGUGGUUCAAAGAAACAUUAUCUCCCGAAGCAAACGACGAACCAGCAGAAACUACUGGACAAGACAAAACAAGUGAACCACCCAAAUCUAACAUGGUUCCGGUAAAAGACGAACCGCAUGAAUACUUAGAUUUGUCUUCCCAAAUAUUUUCAUUCUUGGAUCAAUCUCUUGGAACAAAUCAUAAAUUUUUGAAUAAAUACGUUGAAUCUGGUUUGAGCGAACAACAAAUGGUUUUGUUAGCUAAUAUUUUAAAAGAUUUAGAUCGUGAUGCAGCAAGAGGAGAGCCAGAUAAUACGGCAUGUAUGCAGUGGCAAACAGCUAUGAUAAAAUUUUCUGGUGCUUUAGGAAGAUAUUUGCAUAACCUUAUAUCUGGUUCGUUAUUAAACGAAACGUUACAGUCUUCGCUUUUAUUGCAUUUGGGCGUAUCACCGUGGACUCAGGAUACAAACAUUUGGCCUUUACAAGUUUACUCCAGGACUUUGUCAGUUUUAGUACAAAUUUUAUUACUGAAACCUACGCAAGAGAAAGAAGCUGCAUGUUUAUCAGUAUGGCAUCGUCUUGUAAAUACAUUGGUGGAAGGAGUUUGCUCAUCUGGAAAUUUAAACCAAAAUUCUGAAGAUUAUGAAGAUUUAAACGUUGAACAUGCGCAACUUUUAUUAUUUUUGUUUCAUUCAUUGAAUUUAAUGCAAAAGAAAUCGAUUUUGCUACUAACUGCUGGUGGGGUUAUAAGAUGUGCUGAAGUUUGUAGGAGCUUUUCGCCGGAAAAACCUUUGAGAGAUAAUCAAUUAAUGUUAUUAUCACGAUUGUUACUUUUCCUGGAGUAUUUAAUGAAGCAUUUAUACAACGCUCCUAUAGUUUUGUUGGAACAAGUUCGUUGGAAUCUAUUUAGUGUAAUAACAUUAGAUGCUAAUCAAAAAGUUUCCGAUCUAAUUAACAAUAAAACAAAAAUGUUAUCUUUUUGUCGCAAAGACAUUGAAGACCGAUAUAGAAAAUUUUCAACAGAAUAUGCUAAUGCAAUUCGGCCAAAAUUCUAUUCCCUAGCUAUAAUAGAUUCAAAAACACAGCAAGAAUUUAAGCUUGAUGGUCUUGCUUGGAACUUUAUAUUAUGUACCCCAGACAAGUUAAAAUAUCCAUUAUUAGUUAAUGCCUUGAUUGACAUACUUUCGGUAACAGAUAUUUGUAUGGCUAAAGUUCCUGUUCAUAGUUUGUGUGCGGUACACUAUUGUUUUAGUCUUUGCUGGAAAUUAUUGUUAGGAUUGCCACCAUCGACUCCGCAUGUUGAAGCGUUAAUGAAUGAGAAAGUACCAAACUUACAUUCUUUAAUUUGGUCAAUAAGAUGUUUAAACCCUCAACCAAGCUCACAUUACCUUAUAGUUAAUAGUUUGGUCAAACAAGGAAUGUACACACAAUCCGCAGAAACUUUGUGGAGCAAAGUAAUAGAACAUGUUGGAGAUACACGUUAUAGUCUAAAAAAUAGUAUAUUAGGAAUAGAAAAUUUCAGCAAAACUUUUAACACUCAAAAUCCGAGAAUAUCUAAAAUUGUGCUUUUGGAUGCAAUUAUUUCUCAUAUGCAUGCUAUAUUUUGGGCUGAAAGAGAAGGUGUAAAACCAUCAAAAUUGAAUCCUUCUAGCAGUGUGAAUUCAUCAUCACAUAGCAAUUCACCUUCACCAUCUUCAUCGACAACAUCUGUGGGUGCUCUUGUUGAGCAAAAUGCUGCAGUAACCGGUUCCGAUUCAGAAAACGUGGAACAAGAAGGCAUUUCAAAAGAUGAUUUAUCACGAGAUCUACUUUCUAAAUUAUUAGACUCAAUGGAAAUUCUUCGUGAUAUCACUUUCAAAAUAAUGACACAAAAUUUGACAGGCCCAAUAAACUCUGAAAUUUUGAACAAUUUAAUCUCUAUAGCUGGAAGUAAAAGUUCAUAUUCUACAGAAAUAUCAAAUCAAUUCAUUAAUUUAUUAUCCGGCACUGAUAAAGACAUUAUUAACGGCGAAUGGAAAAAGCAAUUAAAUAUUUCUGGAGAAGAAAAUUUCACUAGCGGACAUUAUCCAGCGGAGGGCCACACUUUGGGCGUUAUCGAUGGCCAUUUACAGGAAAUAUCAAAAAAUGCAAAUUAUUCUAUUCUGCUAUCAUUGAAACAUGCUUUAAAAUCAACUGUUCAUUUAAUUUUUUACCUUUUACCUUCAUGCAAAAAUAAUCAAGAUAUAAUGAAUCAUUUAAAGGAAAUUUUAAUUCCAUUUUUGUUUGAUAUUCGAACAGAAUAUAUUUUCGAAAUUUCCAACAAAUGUGUUGAGGCUAUGUUAAGUGGAGAAAAUAGUAUAGAUGAUUACCAAUUUUUCGCUUACAGUAAUAUUUUGAAAUAUUCGUAUAAAGUCUUAAUAGAUUAUUCAGAAGAGUCUCGUCAGGGUAAAAAUGUAAAUUUAGAUGAAACAAUAUUAACUACAAUUCUAAAAUCGUAUGAAAAAAUGCUUGAAAAACCUAUGGGAAUGAAAGCGAUGCAAGAUUUUUUUUACGUAAAAAAAUCUGGCUCAUUAAUAGAACUUUUGCUGUCUUUUACCAAUACUCAACUUUCGCAAGGAUAUUCAACAAAAAUCUUGCAGUUUUAUGAAAAAUUGUUCCAAUAUGCAGAAAAAUCAGAUUCCAAAUUUUCGAUGGAUGAGUUAUCGCAAUGCAUUUCAGAAAUGGGGCAAAUUGAUAUAAGUAAAUUAAAAGUAUGGCUCAGCCAUAUUCUUUUAGGACCCGGAAAUCUUAAUCAAAUCCAGCAAGCAUCAAGUGGUACUUCUAGUAACGCCCAAACACCCACUAAUAUGGCAACAGUUUCGGCAAUACCAAGCAUAUCAGAUCAAAUUGCGGCUCAUUCAUCAGAAAUGGAACCAGAAGAUAUGGAAGUUGAUUAUGAUUGGACUGUCAAUAGUUUCCUUACCAACAGAUCAGAAACUUCUCCAAAUGAUGAGUGUGUUGAAGAAAACGGUCGUUUAUUGCAAAAUAUUACGAAAUAUUUAGUGGUUGAAAGUAAAAUUUGUUCAACGGUUUCAACGGCAUUAUUUCAGGCUUUAAUUCAUCUUGGCCAGAAUUUAGUGUCGUCGUCUCAAGACGUUUUAGAUUUUACAGAUUUAUUACUAGUAAUGGUUACUUUAGCUGAUGCUUCCCAAGGAAAAGGUCAUGGUUUGUUAUUCCCAGCUGCAGUAUCAUGGCUAGAAGUUUCUAAAUGUCAUGUUCUCGAAAAACAAUUGAAUAAAAGUCAACCGACUACAACAAAAGCUCAUAUUUCUCUCGAAAAUGUUAUUUCAUUGCUACGAUAUAUGAGUGAUCUUUUACAGGGCUUGGGAUAUAAAGGUAGUCGAUCUCUGACUCCGCCAUGGGAAGAAGAAAUGCAGGCUGAUUUUGAAGAUAUUUUAGACGACUUAGGUGGUGAUGAGGAAGAUAGUGCUGUAGAAGAUUCUGAUGAAGAUAGUCUCGGGAAUAAACUUUGCACUUUUUCGCAAACUCAGAAAGAGUUCAUGAACCAACACUGGUACCAUUGUUAUACUUGUAACAUGGUGAAUUCAGUUGGGGUUUGUUCAGUGUGCGCUAGAGUGUGUCAUAAAAAUCAUGAUGUAAGUUAUGCAAAAUAUGGAAAUUUCUUUUGUGAUUGUGGCGCAAAAGAAGACGGAUCUUGUCAAGCAUUAACUCGACGGGUAAAUACUUCUAAUACACAAGAAAUUACAAAUGCUGGAGCGUCUUCCUCAAAUAAAAUGUUUGACUCAUUCAAUGAUCACUCAAACAUUUCAAGAAAACGGAUUAUAGCACCACCUUCACAAAUUUUAACACCAAGCAUUAAUGGAACUACACGAAUAGAAAAUUCUAAUGAUCGUACUACAAACUUUUACAUGACAAAAAUGAUUGAAACAAGUAAAGACCAACUAAAUGAUCAUGAACAGUGGACGGUUGUAAUAAAAUGUAUAUUAGAAUUCUUUGAAUCGCUAAUGCCUGCAAUUCGGGAAAAUUGUUCAUUAUAUUCAACCGUUGGAUGUCAAUCAAGGGCUCAGCAAGCUUUAGACAGACUUCAUCAACCAGAUAAAUCUUUUCAAAUAAGUGAUCAAAUAAUGGUUCCAACCCUGGGAUCCCAAGAAGGGGCUUUUGAAAAUGUAAGAAUGAGUUAUUCUGGGGAACAAGGACAAACUAUAAAACAACUAUUGUCAUCUGGUUUAGUGAGACGUGUUGCUUUAUGUUGUUUAUCUUCGCCGCACGGAAAACGUCAGCAUUUAGCAGUGAGUCAUGAAAAAGGGAAAGUAACGAUUUUACAAUUGUCAGCACUUUUGAAACAAGCCGAUGCAGCAAAGCGAAAACUAACUUUAACACAACUUUCGUCAGCCCCAAUACCUUGCACAGUUCUUUCACUUACUGCUAAUCCAGCAAACGAGGAUUGUUUAGCUGUGUGUGGCCUAAAAGAGUGUCACAUUUUAACCUUUUCAAACACUGGCGCUGCCAACGAGCACAUUGUUUUAACACCGCAGCUGGAAACAGGGAAUUUUAUUAAAAAAGCUAUUUGGUUACCGGGAUCCCAAACAAAAUUAGCAUUAGUGACAGCAGACUUUGUCAAAAUAUACGAGCUAGCUGAAGAUACUUAUAGCCCACAAUAUUAUUUCUUAGUAGCUGUUGGAAAAAUUCGUGACUGUACUUUUAUAUACCAAGAAGGUGUUUAUUAUAUGGUUUUGAUUGCAUCAUCUGGUUAUAUUUAUUAUCAACCUUUGGAUGAAGAAAGUUUAGCGAAACAUGGCGAUUUUUAUGUUACAAAUACUUUAGAGCUUAACCAUCCUCAUAUUAAAGAUAUUAGCGGUCAAGUUGGAGGAGGUGGAGUGUCCAUUUAUUAUUCCCAUACAUUGCAGAUUUUGUUUUUCAGUUACUCUCUGGGGAGAAGUUUUAUGGCACCUUUAACUGACAUUAACAAGGGAGUGAAGUCAAUUAUGUUGUUACAUACUGGACCGCCAAAUACUAAGAAUUCUUCUAAAGGACCACCUCAACCAUUAUGUCAAUGGACUGAAAUUCUUGGACAUCCAGGGUUGAUUUGCGCAAUGAUGCAAACUUCUAAUAACCCUGUAAUUUUCAUGUUGAAACCAGAUGGAAUUGUGAUGCAAGAAAUUAAAGCGCAAAGCUCAAAAUCCAAAAUAAUGGAUAUGGUAGCAAUUCGUCACACAGUUUCUGGGACUGAAAAGACUACCCUAAUAUUACUUUGUGAAGACGGAAGUUUAAGAAUAUUCACAGCACAUAAUGAAAACACAAACUAUUGGUUAUCUCCUGAAGUACAGCCCAUAGGAAACCAAAUGUAUUCAACAAAUUUAUUUGCUAAAUCGUCCAGGAAAAAUAAAACAAAAUCUAGUAGUGGAAAAUCUCAUCAAUCGUCACAGAAAAAUGGGGGUACAGCUUCUAACCCAGUUUUUCCCAUUGAUUUCUUCGAGCAUUGUAGUGUAAUGUCAGAUGUGGAGUUUGGUGGAAAUGAUUUAUUACAAAUUUAUAGUACACAAAAAUUAAAAACACGAUUAUUUUCAACCGGAAUGUAUGUUGUAUCUUCUAAAGCUAGUGGUGGGUUUACACUGGAAAUUAAUAAUCCAGAUCCUAAUAUAGUUAUUGUUGGUAUAAGAGUUCAGUUAGGGACCCAAGAUCCUGUUAGGGCCCCAACCACGGUUACUAUCCUAAACAGAGUUAUUCAAACACCAGUAUCGAGACCCAGAUGGUUUGAUAUUCCAUUAACUAGAGAAGAAAGUUUGCAGUCAGAUAAAAAAUUAUCCGUUGUAUUUGGAAAAUCACAAGAUCCAGAAAACAUCUGUAUGUUGGAUAGUAUUGAAAUUUAUGGAAAAACAAAAGAUGUUUUUGGAUGGCCAGAAGAAACAGAGGAACCGGCCGUAGCCAACAAUGGUGCAGCUUCAUCCAAUGCCGUAGGUAAUUCAGGAAAUAUUCAAAAUGGUGCCUGCGGUAGUGUAAAUGGAUCAAACGAUUCCGGGGCUCAAACUAUUACUUUGCUUGAUCGGAUGGUAACUGCUAUGUUAGAAGUGCUCGAUAGUGGAUUAGGUUUAUUAGGAGGAACAAACGUUGAAUCAAAUUUAAAACAGAAAUCGAUGCAUGUUGCUACGGAGCUCUUAUUAAUGGCUACACCAAAUCCAGUACAAGUGCAAACGAAAUGUGUGCUAGCUACAUUACAUGGAAAUCGCAAUGCUUAUCAUACAUAUAAAGAUAAAGAAGUUUUAAAAGAAGUUGACUCUGAGCUUCAAAGAUUAGACAAAAUUGAAAAUGUAAAAUCAAUCGAUCCAGAAGGGUUUUAUCGCCUUAUUUUGAUGACACGCGGAAUAGCUGUAGCUCGGCCACAGACACUAACAAAGAUAUGUAUUGAAAAUAAUUUCAAAAUUUUGUCGUAUUUAUUGAAAUUAACGAAAAAAAUGUACAAUAUAACACCUAGACUUGAUGAGCCUUGUUCUAUUGUAAAAUGUGGUCUUUCUCAUACUGAUGCAAUAAUUCAUUGUUUGGUCGAAAUUAUAUAUGCAUUUGCUUUAUCAGAACCGUCACAAGUGGAGAGUAUGACAAAAUAUUUUGUUGAACUCCUACUUGAUCCUUCAAAAAUGAUAAGCCAUAGCGCAAAAGAUGCUUUAAUACUUUUGAUGAGCCCAAGAUUAAAACGACGUAAAGUUGUAAUUGUAAGUCCGCCAGCAUGUUCAACACCAACACCUUUAACAACACCUGGUGCCACAGUAGCAGGCAAUACAAUACCUGGCAUUUCUGGAGCAAGUUCAAGUGCCAUUUCGGCCCCCGCAUCAAUUCCGGUUCAAAUCCCGGUAGAUGAACCGAUUCAAGGUCAAGCAGAUCAAUUUGUUGAAGUAGAUGACGCAAUUGGAUUAGAUGUUGGUGGUAAUCCAGCGUCACUAGCUUCCAUUGAGGCUCUUUUAGGAGCCGGCUAUCCACAAUUAUUGGAUUUACAACAAGAUGCAGAUGAUGAAGCAAUUAUGGACAUAGCUAUUGCUUUGAGCUUACAACAACAUGAUGGUGAUUUAUCUCAAUUACCUCAAAGCUUGGGAAACUUGCAAAAUGUACGAGUUGGUGCAAGUAGCUCAUCUGGAGUCGCAGAAGCUUCAGUAAGUAAUACCGCUGCUGGUGAAACAAUUGCUACAUCUGCUGGAGGGUCAGAUGACGAGGGCUCAAAUGCAGCUACAGAUGGUUCAACAUUAAGAACAUCACCUGCGGAGCAUGCUAGCGGAAGUGGAGGUUCUGAGAGCGGUGGUAGUGGUGUUGAAAGUAUUGGCGGAACUUCUGGGCGUAGUAGCACCUAUGGUGAUCAACCCAUUAACCAAUCACCUCCAAGAACUGAUAUUGUUACACAGAAUACAAAUGAAACAACAACGCAAAAAAAUACUCCGAUUACAGAAGAACAGGAUGAACAUUCUGAUAGUGAAAACAUUGCAAAAUUGCAUAGUUUAAGGUGUGCAAUUUUAAAUAAAAUUGUUGAAAAUUUCAAAUCACUGGAUGAAUGUAAUGGUCAACAAGCAAUCCCAUUAUUGCAAGUAAUUUUAAUGCUGACAACGGAUUUAGAUGGCAAUCGUGAAUCUGAUCAAUUAAUAUUGAAUAAACUUUUGUUAUCACUAGUCGAAAAAUUAGAAAUAGUUCCAGCAGCUCAGGCAACACAAAUGGUUAAUCGUACACCAAAAACUGAAGUUCAAUUGGCAAUGUUAUGCUUAUUUGGUGUUUUAAUGGGUAAAACAAAAUCAUCAUCAAAACAAGCUGGUACAACAUCACCACCACAUCAAUUUAAGGAUAAUGCUUCAUUUGUUGCAAAUUCAACAGCAAAUAUUUUAAUGAAAAGUGGAGCAAUACCAUAUUGCUUAGUUAUAAUGGAAUCAUUUUUACCACAUUGGAAAAAUUUAUCAACGAACGGAGAUAAUACUUUAUCAAAUUUAUCUAUAGCUCCAGUAUCAUCAGCCAAUUCAACAACUAAUAACCUACUUAAACCAACAAAUUACGGACCGAAACCAGAUAUAUCCUCAUUAAUACCAAUAAAUUAUAUAAAAAAUUAUCCAGAUGUUUUUGAUGCAUAUAGCGCAUUGCUAACAGAAUUCGCUGUACGUUUACCAUAUCAAAUAUUAAAACUAUCAUCUGGUCAUCCAUCUGCUUACGAUUGGUAUCAUAAAUUCUGUGAAUCGAUGACAUUUACUUUAUGUGAAUAUAUGAUGCUCAAUUUAUCGGCAUUAUUAAGACGACAAGUUCGCAAACUUUUAAUGUAUAUUUGUGGAAAUAAAGAAAAAUUCAGACUUUUCCGGGAUGGACAUUCACUGGAUGUGCAUAUUAAUGCCAUUAAGAAGUGCUGUGAUUUGUCUUCUGCUAAAAUGAUUGGUUCCUCUAAUCAUCCCAUUUUAAGUUAUGAUGCUUUGGUUGAGUUGACUGAGCAUUUAAGGGCAUGUUUAGAAGUAGCUCAAGUUCGUACAGGAAAUUGGCAAAAAUUUUGUGUUGUUCAUGAGGAUGUAAUUUCAUCUUUAAUUCAAAUAUGUUGUUAUCAAUUAGAUGAUGGUGUGUCUCCAAUAAUUUUGCAAUUAUUGCAAUCUGCUUUAUGCAAUACUGGUGGUAAUAAAUCCGAUUCGAAGUCAUCAAGUGGUUUAAAAAGUCGACAAGAUCGUGAUAAAUCUGAAGAAAAUGAAUGUACAAGUGAUUCAAAAUUCGAUUCUUCACAUUGCAGUACAUUUGUUCAUCAAAUAUUUAGAUUUGUACCAGAUCAACUAUUUUCGAAAUUCAUUAAUAUUUUCCUUUUGGAAACCAAUAUAACGUCAAUACGUUGGCAAGCACAUUCAUUAAUAUAUGCUGUAUAUGAAAACAGCAAUGACAAACAAAAAGAACGUUUAUUAAAAUUUUUGUGGGAUAUGUGGCCGUACCUACCAGCAUAUGGAAGAAGGACAGCUCAAUUUGUAGACAUUUUGGGUUAUUUAACACUUAGCACUAAAGCUCUAUCCGAUAAGUUGCCUGAAUAUACCGAAAAAGCUGUUGCUGUCCUGAGGCAACAAAAUGAGCUACUUUCCAAACAUCCUAACGGACCAAUUUACACCGGAUUAACGCAAGUGUUAGAAUUAGAUGGUUUUUAUUUGGAAUCAGAACCUUGUUUGGUAUGCAAUAAUCCGGAGCUACCAAUGUCAAACAUUAAAUUACCUACUAUAAAAUCGGAUUCUAAGUUUACAACAACCACUAUGAUUGUUAAACUAAUUCAAAGUCAUACAAUAUCAAAAAUUAUUUUGCGAGUUGCUGAUUUAAAACGAACUAAAAUGGUUCGGACAAUUAAUAUUUACUACAACAAUCGUACAGUUCAAGGUGUAGUUGAACUAAAAAAUAGACCUUCCAUUUGGCAUAAAGCACGAACUGUUUCUUUACAAUCAGGGCAAACAGAGGUUAAAAUAGAUUUUCCUUUACCAAUAACAGCGUGCAAUUUAAUGGUAGAAUACGCUGAUUUUUAUGAAACAGUUACGGGCUCAAGCGAAAAUCUUCAAUGUCCAAGAUGUAGUGCAGCCGUGCCAGCCCACCCAGGUGUAUGCGCUAAUUGUGGAGAAAAUGUAUUUCAAUGCCAUAAGUGUCGGGCAAUCAAUUAUGAUGAAAAAGAUCCAUUUUUAUGUCAUUCUUGUGGCUUUUGCAAAUAUGCUAAAUUUGAUUUUAGCAUUUACGGUCGGGCUUGCUGUGCAGUUGAUCCCAUAGAAUCAGCCGAAGACAGAGCCAAAACAGUUCAAACAAUACAUUCAUCGUUAGAAAAAGCUGAUCGUAUCUAUAGGCAGUUGCAGGCAAAUAAACAAAUUUUGGAAAUAUUAAUUCAGAAAGUGAAUGAGCAUAAAGAUAGAGGUAUUGAUGAAAGCUUUGGUACAGUGGUUAGUUCAUCUCUUGUUAACAAAGCCAUACAGUUAUUGGCCCAAAAAUAUUGUGUGGAAUCUAAAACCUCUUUUGAAGAAUUAAGUAAAGUGGCACAAAAGGUCAAAGCUUGUAGAAGAGAGUUAGUGGCAUAUGAUCGCAGUCAAGUAGAUUUGCAGGUUGGGCCAUCAGAUCAAAUGCAGUCUGAACCUGCAGUAAUAAAUCGUUGCUAUGGCUGUGCUUUAGCUUCUACAGAACAGUGUUUAACUUUGCUUCGUGCUAUGGCAUCAAAUCUUCCUUGUCGUAAAGGCUUGUGUGAACAAGGUUUAGUUGAAGAAUUGGCGCAAAAUAAUUUACGUCGCGGAACACCACAAAUACAAGAUGAAGUCCGAAGUUUGCUUUGUUUACUUACUAGAGAUCUUCCUCAACCUUGUAAUAGUUUAUUAACUUUGAUACAUAAUCGAGUAAAAAUGGUUUUACAAGGAACUGUUCCAUUAGCUAACCUGGAUAUGGCAGUUAGACAUGAAAUGGCUCUUCUUGAGUCAAUGAUGGCACAGGAUGAUACAUGUUGGGAAAUGAAAUUGAAAGUUGUACUGGAAUUAUUUUUAAUGGCUUAUAAAGAUCCUAGAGGACCAGCUAUUUCAGUAAUACAGCCAUGUCUUCGCAUUAUUCAACUAUUAAUAUGCCCUCCACUGCCCACUAGCAAAAAUCAUAAAGAAAUGGUUACACAAGAUUUAACAACACUUUUGAAUAUAGAUGGUUUUAGUGUUGAUUUUAACAAAUGGUUAGAUGGAAAUGAAAAGCAUUCAUUUGCGGCUUGGAAACAACGAAUGCCUCUUAAUGUCAAGCCUAAUAGCAGCGGCGCUAAACCUAAAAAGCAAGAGGAAAAACCCAUUCAACCUCUUCCACAACAAGUCACUAAUAAUACGGUGACACCGAAAUCAGGACAAAGAAUGUUUGGAGCUAUUUUAGAACAUAAGAGAAUGCAAUAUCGUCGAGCAUACUUAAGUGAGAAAUAUGGUAGAAAAUGGAGAAAUAUAUUUUUGCAAAAAGGUGUUCCCAAUCCUCCGCUAAAAUUGACAGACUCUUGGCUUCAACCUGUUUUAUUCAAUACAAAUUCUAGAUUUGGAAGACAAUUGGCAUGUUCUAUGAUUUCAUCAUUAAGUAGAACACACGAAAGGAAACGUGAAAUUUUGAAUUUAUUAACGGACUUUUUGAAAUAUGUCGGAGAAGCUGGUGAAGCAAGCGCGGAAUUUUUAACUUUAUACCGAUCUUUGGCAGUUGAAAGUCCAUGGCGUCAAUAUUUGGCAUUAAAAGGUGUUCUUACAUUAAUUGCUGAUCUUUUAUCCUCUGAAAUCGAAAAAAUUCAUAGACUUGAAGAAACCACAUUAUCAUCAGAUCUCGCACAAGGAUAUGCUCUAAGACAAUUUGUUGAACUAUUGUCAAUGUUCCUUGAAAAUUCUGCUAUCAGACAAGCUUAUAAGAGCAAACUGCUUGGGCCGGUGUUGCAGGGUUAUUUGUCACUGAGAAAAUUAGUUGUACAAAGAACUCGUUUAAUAGAUGAUGCACAAGAAAAACUUUUAGAAAUGCUUGAAGAGAUGACAACUGGAACUGAGGAAGAGACAAGAGCUUUUAUGGCAAUACUAAUUGAUACUGUUCAAAAAACACCACUGAAUGAUAUCAAAACUCCAGUAUUUAUUUUUGAACGUUUGUAUUCGAUUAUUCAUCCUGAAGAAAAUGAUGAUGGUGAAUUCUUUUUAACUUUGGAAAAAGAUCCCCAACAAGAAGAUUUCUUGCAAGGAAGAAUGUUAGGGAAUCCAUAUCCAUCAACAGAAGCUGGUCUUGGACCUUUAAUGCGCGAUGUUAAAAACAAAAUAUGUACAGAUUGUGAAUUAAUUGCUCUCUUAGAGGAUGAUAAUGGAAUGGAAUUACUGGUCAAUAAUAAGAUAAUUAGUUUAGAUUUACAAGUUAAAGAGGUCUAUAAACGAAUUUGGUUGGCGGAAGGUGGUGAGCGAGAUGCUAUGCGCGUAGUUUAUAGAAUGCGAGGUCUUUUAGGUGACGCAACAGAAGAAUUCGUUGAAACUUUGAACAAUAAGAGCCAAGAAGAAGUAGACAAUGAAACUUUAUAUUGCAUGGCAAAUGUUUUAGCAGACUGUGAUGGUUUAAAAGUUAUGUUGGACAGAAUCUCGAACAUUCAAAGCAUUUCUAGAACCAGAGAAUUAGUUCAGGUAUUAUUAAAAUUAUUCCUUAUUAGUGUUAAAGUUCGUAGAUGUCAAGAAGUUUUGUGCCAACCAGAAUUAGGAGCUGUUAACACUUUACUUAAAGUUUUACAAAUUUGUUUACAAUCUGAAAACGAUCCACAACAGUCCUCAAUUACUGAACAACUUCUAGAAAUAAUGGAAACUAUUCUUUCAAAAGCAGCCAGUGAUACUUUAGAUUCAUUUUUACAAUUUUCAUUAACAUUUGGAGGUCCAGAAUAUGUAACAGCAUUAAUUUCCUGCACCAAUUGUUCAAACGUCCGAAAUAAUCCCUCUGUGCUAAGGCAUUUGAUUCGUGUGCUAGCAGCACUUGUUUAUGGAAAUGAAGUCAAAAUGGCAUUAUUAUGCGAACAUUUCAAAGCUACUUUAGAUUUUGAUAAAUUUGAUGCAGAACGUUCUCAAGAGGAUGAAUUUAAAAUGGAACUAUUUUGUGUAUUAACAAAUCAAAUUGAACAUAAUUCGAUUGGUGGGACUUUGAAAGAUUAUAUCAUUGGCUUAGAAAUUGUUGGAAAAGCUAUUGAAUACAUUACAAAUAAUGCACCGUGCGUAAAACCAACAUUAUUAAGAACUGAUUCUGAUGAACUUAAAGAAUUUAUAUCCAGGCCAAGUUUAAAAUAUAUUUUGAGAUUUUUAACUGGACUCGCAACUAAACAUGAAGCUACCCAACUAGCUGUAUCAAAAGAUAUAAUACCAAUCAUACACCGUUUAGAACAAGUUUCAAGUGAUGAACAUGUUGGCAGUUUAGCUGAAAAUUUAUUGGAAGCACUUUGUACUGAUCCAGCUACUGCUAAGAGAGUUCAAGAGGUCCGCGAUUUCACGAGAGCCGAAAAGAAACGUUUAGCUAUGGCCACAAGAGAAAAACAAUUAGAUGCAUUAGGAAUGAGAACGAAUGAAAAAGGUCUUAUAACAGCUAAAGGACCUAUAUUACAAAAAAUUGAAAAAUUAAGAGAUGAAACAGGUUUAACAUGCUUUAUUUGCCGAGAAGGAUACGCUUGCCAACCCAGUAAAGUACUCGGUAUUUACACGUUUACUAAAAAAACUAAUCUGGAAGAUUUUGAACUGAAGCCAAGAAAAACUUUAGGCUAUACAACAGUAACACAUUUUAAUGUAGUUCACGUUGAUUGCCAUACUUCGGCUAUUCGUUUGUCACGCGGGCGAGAUGAAUGGGAACGUGCCAGUUUACAAAAUGCGAAUACACGUUGCAAUGGUUUACUUCCACUAUGGGGUCCAGAUGUAACGGAAUCUGCAUUUUCAACUUGUAUGACACGUCAUAGCAGUUACAUGCAAGAAAGUACUCAACGCUGUGACAUUUCUUUCGCUAAUUCGAUUCAUGAUUUGAAAUUACUUUUGAGUCGUUUUGCAUGGGAGAAAAGUUUUCAUGAAGAUGCUGGAGGUGGUGGACCUCAAUCAAAUAUGCAUUUGGUCCCGUAUUUAUUAUUUUACUCUUUAUAUAUGUUAUUAUCUGCGAGAACAUCUUCACGAGAAGAAAAAAAUCUUACAACAUAUUUGGCAUUACCUGUUGGCGAAAAAUGGCUUGAAUGUGCUUAUGAUGUUGAUGGUCCCUUAUAUCAAAUAACACUUUCGCUUGCAUUACAUAGUCCCACAAUUUGGAGAAAUAAUAAAGUAACUCAUUUAAAACGUUUAUUAGCAGUAGCUCAAGCAAGAGAAAUAAGUGCUAAUGUUUUGUGUAAGGCAUUAUUAUCAAAUGCAGAUCGUACUGUAAAAGACUACAGUGUUUAUCGACCGUAUUUAAUGUUCUGGGGAAUGAUUGAUUUAAUUUAUGCAAAUUUAUUUAAAACUGUAACUACACCAAAAGAAGAAGACUGGCCAAUAUCAUUAUUUGAUUAUAUUCGUCGCAAUGAUGAAGCUAAUUUAAAAAAUAGUGAUACAAUUUUGCAAACUUUCACUGAUGAAUAUAUUCCAUGUGCUAGUUUUGCAGAAUUUUGUGAUGUAGCAGGUUUGUUGAAUGACAUUGAAAAUCCAGACCAAUUUCUACUCGAUAUAUUAUUAACUUUACCAUCAAGUUCAUCUGCUUAAAACUUAAUAAAAAUUAAAAACUAUUAUUCAGAAAUUUAUUACUAAAUUAAAAAAAAAAAAUAUAUAAAUUUUAGUCUUUUAAAUUUUAAUAUGUAUGUAUUUAACCAAAAAUAAAAUGCAAAAUUUAAAUAAAAAUUAUUAGAAUAGAAGCACAAUUUAUCUCUUUAUUAAUAUGCAUUGUUUGAAAAAUAAAAUAUUAUAAUA